AUGCAGUCGCUUGUGGCUUGCAUUCACGAAUUUCUGGAGAGGGCCAACCAACUUGCAUUGAGCUCGUGUGGCUCAUGCUAUGGACCUGGCCGUGAUCGACAGCCUUUGGAUUCAGUUUUGGUGAGUUUGUUUGACGUGAGCCCGCUGGGCGAUGCCGAUCCGGAGGCAGGGCCAUUCGAGGUACCCAGCGGGGAGCCAGAUUUUUGCAUGUUGCAUGAAGGGCGGAUUGAAGAAGCAAUCCGCGAGUUUCAUAGCGUCUGCAACCGGGUGCCCAGGAAUGCUGUUGCGCGUACCAACUUGGGCAGCGCCUAUUUUGAGCGUGGCGAUGAGGAUGCAGCCUUGCAUUGGUUUCGGUACGCCUAUCGCCUGGACAAUCGCAGCUGCCGCAUCCUUCGUGGGGCCGUGUUGGAGCAGCGCUGCGGCAACUAUACGGAGGCGCUGUGGUUGCUCAGGAACUACCUGCAAGAAGUUGAUGAGUUCAACAUGCAGGUGUUGCACCAGCUGGCCAUGCUGUACCGCGAUCGUCAGCAGUGGACCCAGGCGGGCACCUGCUUGUAG